UCUCUCCCUCCUCCCAACUUGUAACUUUUCACCGCCUCUCACAAAUUGUACAUCAAUUCUUUAUUUCAUUUUUUAAUUAGCAAGUUCACUUUCAUGUCUGCGAGAGAGAGAGAGAGAGAGAGAGAGAGAGAGAUUAAGUCUUUGCACAUAGAAUAUAUAUGUCACCUUAUGUUGUUAGGGUUGAGAGGAUUGAGAACCAUGAUUUCUAAGUUGUAUUAAUCUCUAGCUCUCAUGAUAAUUUCCUUUAUUGGGUUUCUUAUAGACUGAGUCAAGUUGAGGAGAGAAAAGAUCAGAUAUCCUUUGAAACGAAUUAGUGUCAGAUGAAUAUGGCAGAAGAAGCAGUGAAUUCAAAUGGAAGUUUUGUCCAAAACCCAGAUGGUGGAUCCAAUAAUCCUCCUGUUCCUGUUCUUGUAAAGAAGAAAAGAAACCUCCCCGGAACACCAGAUCCUGAUGCGGAGGUCAUAGCCUUGUCGCCAAAGACUCUAAUGGCAACCAACAGAUUCUUGUGUGAAAUAUGUGGCAAAGGGUUUCAGCGAGAUCAGAAUCUGCAACUCCAUCGGCGAGGGCACAAUCUUCCAUGGAAGCUGAAGCAGAGGAGUAGCAAGGAAGUGAAGAAGAGAGUAUAUGUUUGUCCAGAAAAGACUUGUGCUCACCAUAACCCAUCUAGGGCUCUUGGGGACUUAACAGGAAUUAAAAAGCAUUUCUGUAGAAAACAUGGAGAGAAGAAGUGGAAGUGUGAGAAGUGCUCAAAGAGGUAUGCUGUUCAGUCAGAUUGGAAAGCACACUCUAAGACUUGUGGCACUAGAGAGUAUAGAUGUGACUGUGGUACACUCUUUUCAAGAAGAGAUAGCUUCAUCACUCAUCGUGCCUUCUGCGACGCCUUAGCUGAAGAAACAGCUAGAGUAAAUGCUGGAUCAAACAUCAACUUAGCUGCAAAUUAUCAUCACUUGAUGGGAGCUCCAGUAGUAGCACCUAAUAUGGCACAACACUUCACUACUUCCAUCUUCAAGCCAGUGAUCUCAAGCAACAAUGACCAAUCAACAAUUGAUCAAGCAAAGCAUGGGCUGUCCUUGUGGAAUAUUAUGACCCAAGGAAGCAAUGGCAAUAUCCAAGAUAUCCAUCAUCAACUUGGGUCUUUGAGUUCUACUUAUGAUGAUCAAACUCUUGCACCAUCUGCUUAUCAGAUAAAUAAUUGGUCAAUUCUUGGAAACAAGUUGUCUUCAUCAUCAAAUGGUGCUGAUCAGGAUCAUGAUAAUCAUCACCAUGAUCAACGGCUAACAAGCACUUCACUUCCAUUAAGCAAUGUCAAGGAGCAGCAGCUUAUGAUCAGUACUGUUCCUUCUUUAUACAGCAAUCAAAAUCAUUCCCAUCAAACACCUUCACCAAACAUGUCAGCCACAGCUUUGUUGCAAAAAGCUGCCCAAAUUGGAGCAACUUCAACUGAUCCAUCAAUAUUCCUAGGAACCACUUUUGGGUUAAAAUCCCAUAACAGCAAUCUAGUUCAAGAUCAUGGGAACAAAUACUGUGGAUUACUACUUUAUGGUUCAAGCCCUAUAACCACUAGUACUCUUGGAAGCAAUGAGGUGGAGAACCAGCUAUACCCAGGUGCCGGUAAACGCCGGCGGAUAGAGAGUGAUCAAGAUUGUCCAGGAGGGCAAACCAGAGACUUCCUAGGUGUUGGUGUGCAAACAAUCUGCCCUCCACCAUCAAUCAAUGGAUGGAUUUGACAUCAGACACUUUGGUUAAUUUUUCAUGUUUUUAACAAAGCUGGAGGUGAAAUAAAGUACUGGACCAGUUGAAGAGGGAAAAUAGGAGGGAGGGAUUUUAAUAUUUGGACAUGGAAAAGUUGUACCGUUGAAGAGUUUGAAGAGGAGAGAUAUCCAUGCAUAUUCUCUUGAACCCUGAAAGCUGAUCUCUUUAAGAAACAGUGGGGAGCUUUAAUUUUGACCAAAAAAAAAGAAAGAGAGGGUGGAGUAGUGGGGGCAAAGGAUCAUAUAUAGCCUCCUUUUGAGCUCCAUUAUUGCUUUGUGUGUUCAAUUUCUCUUGUGGGUUGUGUAUGUCAAACUGAACUCAAAAAAUAAGUAUCAACUA